AUGGCGCGCGGCGCAGGAGCAGGGCGGGGGGCGGCGCGGCCUGCUGGCGGGAAGGGCAGACGGCCCGCCUCCCCCGGCGGAGGAAGAGUGCGGCCGCCGCCCAGCCCCCCGCCCCGCCGGGCUCCGCCCCGUCUCACCCUGGAGGGUGCGGGCCCGAAGGGACCAUCUGUGGAUUGUGCAGAAACCUGCCCUGACCCCGACUGCGGGGUUUUAGGGCUCCGUUUUCAGAGUACCCUUGCGUGA